AUGAAAUGCUGAUCGAAAGCUAAAAUAAAGGUUAGAAUGAGGGGUAUCGUCAAUAUUUUGAAAAUUCUCGUCGCCUUUUUUUAUGACUAUACACGAGGAUUAUGGUAUACUAUUACCACAAUUUUGGUUCUGGGCUACUGUUUACAUCCGGCUCGAUUUGCUAAGCAUUAUACCUUCAUAAAAGCAGAGGAUAUUUACAAUGAAAUGGAAAGGUCGUACCCAGCAAGAGAUAAUUCUUGCACGAUUACGAUCAAUCCCCAUAGAUCAUCCCACUUACUUUAUCCUGAAGAACACCCUCGGGAAGAUCCGGUGGCAAUGGCACGGCGAUUGGGUAUAUUACCUGGAGGACAAUGGAAACCUCUAAACUGUUACCCUCUGUUCAAUGUGGCCAUUAUCUUGCCAUAUAGAAAUCGGCAAACGCAACUUAGCAUUUUAAUGAAUUACAUUCAUCCUUUCCUGCAAUCUCAGAAUCUUGAUUAUAGAAUAUUUGUGAUAGAACAGACUCAAAUGCGCGAGUUCAAUCGUGCUAAACUGUUCAAUGUUGGAUAUGCAGAAGCAACCAAAGUGAAUGACUUUCACUGCUUCAUAUUUCAAGACAUAGAUUUAAUACCUCAGAAUCCUGACAAUAUUUAUGCCUGUACCAAAAUGCCCAGACAUAUGAGUUCAAGUGUGAAUACAUUCCGUUACAAUUUACCAUAUACCGGUUUGUUUGGAGGUGCAAUUGCAGUAACACGCAAACAAUUUGAAAGAGUUAAUGGAUUCUCUAAUGUUUUCUAUGGGUGGGGUGGAGAAGAUGAUGAUUUUUAUAGCCGUUUACAAUCCAGAGGUUUUCAGGUCAUACGUUUUGGACCUGAUAUUGCUCAGUAUUAUAUGUUAACACACAAGAAAGAAUCACCAAGUAGUGCUAGAUUUGAAAAUCUUGAGAACAGUGCUAGAAGAUAUGAUACUGAUGGAAUUAACAAUUUGGAAUAUAGAGUAUUGAAUCAUCAAUUAAGGCCACUAUACUCUUGGAUUUUAGCAGAUGUAUAG